GGACGCCACCGAAGAAAAUAAUCAUCAUAAUGUAGCCCCCCCGUGCUAAAAGAUGAAAGAGAUGAGGAUGAGGAGGCGGUCACGGAGCUCUGCGGGCGAGCGUCACUGAAUGUGGAGGAAGAGGAGAAGGAGGAGGAGGAGGGAAGUCGUGCGCGCGCCGUCCCCGCCGGAGAGCGCUGAUUCACGGCUCGGCGGCAGAACGAGAGCCGCUGCGAGCAUCCGUCACUGGCGAAGACCUUAAAAUACUCACCCUCACUCCCUCUUUCCUUCCCUCCUUCAUCACCCCUCCUCCUCUUCCUCCUCCUCCCUCGUCACUGACAGCUCCGCUCAGACGUGAGGAGGUUCUGGGGGUAGGAGGACGUCUCCGCCGCCACCAUUACGACCACCGCCGAGGCGAGCCCCUCCGGCGGAUACCAUUGAGACGCCGCACGCCGGGGGAACUGAGGAGGUUUGUGGGGCGUGGGGGUACGCCAGAUUUUUUUUUUUUUUUUUUCCCUGGAGAAGGGAGGAGGUGCUGCAGCUUGGACACGAGCUAUACAGGUGGUCCAAGUCAAGGCCCAGUGCUGGAUCACAGUAAGGUAGAAUCCCUUGAGAGCAAGGAGGGUGCAUGGAGGGCACAAGGCUCGCAAGUCCAGGGCGGUUGGCCCCCCUCUGGUUGGGACUGGUCUCGGCGGCCUUCGCCUUCCUUGGCACGGAGGCCCGGACCACACCGAGCCCGUCGCUGAGCUCCGACAAUGCCACCUGUCCGGGCAACUCCAAGUGCACCCCCGGUAUCAUCUUACCUGUCUGGUACCCCGAGGACCCGUCCAUGGGUGACAAGAUCGCACGGGUCAUAGUGUAUUUUGUGGCUAUGAUCUACAUGUUCCUUGGAGUUUCCAUCAUCGCUGACCGCUUCAUGGCAGCCAUUGAAGUCAUCACGUCCCAGGAGAAGGAGGUGGUGAUCCGGAGGCCGAAUGGCGAGACCACCACGGCCACCAUCCGCGUGUGGAACGAGACUGUGUCCAACCUCACCCUCAUGGCGCUGGGUUCUUCCGCCCCGGAGAUCCUCCUGUCCAUCAUUGAGGUCUGCGGGCACGAGUUCAAAGCCGGAGAGCUGGGACCGUCUACAAUCGUGGGCAGCGCCGCUUUCAACAUGUUCGUCAUCAUAGGCCUGUGCGUGUCUGUAAUCCCCCAGGGGGAGGUCCGCAAAGUCAAGCACCUGCGGGUGUUCUUCAUCACGGCCGGCUGGAGCAUCUUUGCCUACAUAUGGCUCUAUAUGAUCCUGGCCGUGUUCUCGCCCAACGAGGUGCAGGUUUGGGAGGGUCUUCUGACGUUGGCUUUUUUCCCCAUUUGCGUCAUGCUGGCCUGGGUGGCCGACCGCCGCCUUCUUUUCUACAAGUUCAUGCGGCGGAAGUACCGCUCCGACAACCAUCGCGGGGUCAUCAUCGAGAACGAAGCAAAGCGCUCGUCCAAGGGCAUCGAAAUGGACGGGAAGAUGGUCAACUCCCACUUCUUGGACGGCGGCGUCAACCCGAUGGGCCCGACAGAGGGCAGGGAGGCGGACGAGUCCCGUCGCGACAUGAUCCGCAUCCUCAAGGACCUGAAGCAGAAGCACCCGGAGAAGGAGCUGGACCAGCUGGUGGAGAUGGCCAAUUACUAUGCGCUGUCCCACCAGCAGAAGAGCCGCGCCUUUUACCGCAUCCAAGCCACGCGCAUGAUGACGGGCGCGGGCAACAUCCUGAAGAAGCACGUGGCCGAACAGGCCAAGAGGUGCGCCAGCAUGGCGGAGGUGCAUGUGGACGAGCCUGAGGAGUACGUAUCUCGCGUGGCCUUCGAUCCCGGCGCCUACCAGUGCCUGGAGAACUGCGGCGCCGCCAUCCUCACCGUCACCCGGCGCGGCGGCGACAUGGGCAAGACCGUGUGCGUGGACUACAAGACGGAGGACGGCUCUGCCAACGCGGGCGCCGACUAUGAGUUCACUGAAGGCACGCUGGUCUUCAAGCCAGGCGAGACGCUCAAGGACAUCAGCGUGGGAAUUAUCGACGACGACAUCUUCGAGGAGGACGAGCACUUUUUCGUGCGCCUGAGCAACCUGCGCGUGCUGGAGACGGAGGAGGAGCUGCUGUCUGCUAACAGUCUGCCGUACCCCAAAGCGGCGUUGGGGUUUCCCGCCGUAGCCACCGUUACCAUCCUGGACGACGACCACGCCGGCAUCUUCACCUUCGAGAGCGGAGCGAUACAUAUCAGCGAAAGCGUCUGCGUUAUGGAGGUUAAGGUGUUGAGGACAUCGGGCGCUCGGGGCACGGUCAUUGUGCCUUACCGCACCGUGGAGGGGCUCGCUAAGGGAGGCGGUGAGGAUUUUGAGGACACGUACGGCGAGCUGGAGUUCAAAAACGACGAGACCUGCAAACUUAUUCACGUGAAAAUCAUCGACGACGAGGAGUACGAGAAGAACAAGAACUUCUUCCUGGAGCUGGCCGAGCCUCGCAUGGUGGAUAUGAGUCUCCAAAAAGCCAAGCUGCUGGACAACGAUGUUCCGGAUAGGAAGUUGACGACGGAGGAGGAGGAAGCCAAGCGCAUCGCCGAGAUGGGAAAGCCCAUUCUGGGCGAGCACGCCAAGAUGGAGGUCAUAAUCGAGGAGUCCUACGAGUUCAAGAGCACGGUGGACAAGCUGAUCAAGAAGACCAACCUGGCUCUGGUGGUGGGCACCAACUCGUGGAGAGAGCAGUUCAUGGAGGCCAUCACCGUCAGUGCAGAUGAGGACGAGGACGACACGGGCGAGGAGCGUCUGCCGUCAUGCUUUGACUACGUCAUGCACUUCCUGACCGUCUUCUGGAAGGUGGUCUUUGCCUGCGUGCCGCCCACAGACUACCUGAACGGCUGGGCGUGCUUCGUUGUCUCCAUCGCCAUCAUCGGCCUGCUCACCGCCGUCAUCGGCGACCUGGCCUCGCACUUUGGCUGCACCGUCGGCCUCAAGGACUCGGUCACCGCCGUCGUCUUCGUGGCGCUCGGGACCUCCGUGCCAGACACGUUCGCCAGCAAGGUGGCCGCGGUGCAGGACACGUACGCCGACGCGUCCAUCGGCAACGUGACGGGCAGCAACGCAGUCAACGUGUUCCUGGGCAUCGGCCUGGCGUGGUCGGUGGCUGCCAUCUAUUGGCACAGCAAGGGCAAAGCCUUCAUGGUGGAGGCCGGCUCGCUGGCCUUUUCCGUCACGCUCUUCACCAUCUUCGCCUUCUUGGCCAUCAGCGCGCUGCUCUACCGGCGGCGGGCACACAUCGGGGGUGAGCUGGGCGGACCCCGCCGACACAGACUGGCCACGUCGGGCUUCUUCUUCAGCCUCUGGUUCCUCUACAUCCUCUUCUCUAGCCUGGAGGCCUACUGUCACAUAGAAGGCUUUUAGACUAUUCGGAGAGCUACGGUAAGACUUCAGACCCCCACAGGGGAUUGUCCAGAAGAUGCCAAGGAAAGGGGGUCCAGCAUUCCACUGGAAAGAGACGACUUGCAGUCUUAUACAUCUGGAGAGAGUCUAUUUUUCUCAAAAUCCUGAGCAGGAGCCAGACUUUUUUUAAUAAAAGGAAAAAAAAGAGAAGUAUUUUGCCGAUAAAAACAUACACACACACAAAAAGACGGAACAAAAAACAAUGGAAUCAUGAUGUUUAUUUGAAUUUUGUUUAUUGUUUUUGCGCGGAAGAAUAACUACAGUGCAUAUUGCUGCCACACAUCCACAAAAUAGUCUAGUAUCACAUAGGGAUGCACUGAAAAGACAUUUCUUGGCCAAAACUGACUUUGAGAAAACUGAAGUGAAAACCAAAGCCAAUUAUUGUUCAAAAUAUUUAAAUUUUUCAAAAUAUUUAUAUUAGGGCUGUCAAAUGAUUAAAAUUUUUAAUGGAGUUAAUUAUAGCUCAAAAAUUAAUUAAUCAUAAUUAAUCUCAAUUCAAACCAUCUAUUAAAUAUGCCAUUUUUUUCUGUAAAUUAUUGUUGGAAUGACAUUCAACAUACGGUACAUAAGUACUGUUUUUGUUUAUUAUAACAAUAAAUCAACAAGAAGGCAUUAACAUUAUUAACAUUCUCUUAAAGCGAUCCAUGGAUAGAAAGACUUGUAGUUCUUAAAGAUAAAUGUUAGUACAAGUUAUAGAAAUGUUAUAUUAAAACCCCUCUUAAUGUUUUCGUUUUAUUAAUAUUUGUAAAAUUUUCAAUCAAAAAAUAAACUAGUAGCUCGCCAUUGUUGAUGUCAUUAUUACACCAUGCUCACUCCCCAAACCCAUAAAAUCAUUUGGACCCAAGUGCCAGCAGAGGGCGUGAAACAACAAAAAACAAGUAACAAGCAACAAGCGGACAUUACACUGCUGUCAUUUUAAUCUGAGCGGGGCAUGUGCGUUAAUUGCGUCAAAUAUUUUAACGUGAUUAAUUUGAAAAAUUAAUUACCGCCCGUUAACGUGAUAAUUUUGACAGCCCUAAUUUAUAUACAUCCAAAAAAACAAUCAAAUCAUUAUCCAGAUAUUUAUUUUUAUGUUAUUUAUUUGUUCAGUAUAAAUAUGAUUUCUUAAUGCUGAGAUUACGAAAAUAUUUGAUAAUAUUUAUUUCAAGAAUACACAACAUAAGAUUAAACACAAAAUUAAAUGUUUAAAGCAACACUAGGUAACUUUUUAGUUUUGGUCUAUUUAAGCGACGCAAGUGGACAAAAGCGUUAGUGUUUUGCCUUAAGGAAGACUGUGUUUCCCAUGAGGACCAGCGCACAGCAGAUGGAUUAAACAUCAUUUCUGUUUCCAGCGGCAGUGUGAAGGAUGAAUAGUAAAGCGGUAAUGAAUCCAGCUGUGGCUAAACAAUAGCAUAUGACGAUGUUGACAAUGAGAAACGUAUAAAUAGAUUUUGUACCGUAUUCCCCCAAGAAGCCCUCCAACCACUCCCUCCCACUCAAACUCGUCAGUGCAGAGUUCAGUUGGGGGGUGGGGGGGUCACGCUAGCGAGUGAAAGCUGAGCCAAUGUUUAUUUUUGAGUAUGUGUCCUUUUUUGGGGUAGCCUUCCUUUUUCUAUUUUUUCUGUCUCCUCGGACAAAGCUUUUUCUCUUUUUGGCUCUGCCAUCUUUGCAAAAUUUGCGCAAAAGGGUUCACAUCGACUUCCGCAUUUAUAACGAAUGGGGAAAGAGGGAAGUGACGUAUGCCGUAAAGCAGUCAGCACAUUUGUAGUUUUUUUUUUUUGUGUGGCGAACUCUGCCACACUCUUCCAAGUUAAUUAGUGCCGGUGAAAGUGAUACCAACCCCCUAAAGAUAUAAAAGAGGUGUCACUCAACUAGUUGUCAGUCGACAUAUCAUCACAUAUGUUAUGAAAAUAUUUUAUAAACGUUCAAAAGUUACCUAGUGUUGGAGUGUUAACUGGACCCAGAUUUUUUUUUUUUUUUAAUAAAGUUGGAAAAACAACGUGUUAGCCCUGUUUAUAGCUGCUCAAAUGGGGGAAGGAAAAGAGAAUAUAUAAAAGUGAGAAGUAAAUUAGGGUGACCAUAUUUUGAUUUCCAAAAAAGAGGACACUCAGCCCGGCCUCAAGAUACUUGAAUUUUACUCGAAGUUCACUCAAAGAUGCCUAUAUCACUUUAAUAUAUUUAAAGUGUGCUCCCUCACUCUGGAUGGAAAAAUGCAGUUUGAAAAAAAUAAAAUAAAUAAUGACUUUAAAAAAUACAUAUAUACACAGUGCCUUGCAAAAGUAUUCGGCCCCCUUGAAU